CGAGAAUAAUACGUUUUCGAAGCACGUUGACCAAAUUUUCGUUAUUUUUAAAGUUCUGCAUGUAGUUAUUUCUUAGAACAAUGAAUUAAUGCAACUUUAAGGAAGUGCUCCUGCUAAACUGACACCAGGACAACUUAAUUGCAAUAAUUAUUCUACUGAUCUUUCAACUUAGAAGGGGAGACUGUCAUUGACAUCCAUCAUGGACGAACUACAGCAACUGGAGCARAUUUCRCUUGUUUCAAAAGUUUGUACAGAGCUUGAUAACCAUCUCGGUAUAGACGAUAAAGUACUGGCUGAAUUCAUUAUCAUGCUUGGAGAAAAAAGUGCUGACGUAAAUGAAUUCAAAGAAAACCUAGCUAAGAAUGGAGCUGAAUUUCCUGAUUCAUUUGCCGCUAACUUACUGAGACUUAUUGAAAAGAUGAGACCAAAACAGAUAAAAGCAGAACCAGGUUCUUCAAAGGUAGAAAACAAUGAUGAUUUCCCAACAAAUCCUGAAGUGCAGAAAAGAAAAAAGUUGUUUCCUGGACUUUCUCUUCCUGACAAGGAAAUCAAAGAAGAAAAAGAGAAGAUAUCAAAAGAAGAUGAAGAAAUAGCAAGUGCAGCAUUUGAUGAGUUAGAGGCUCUUCUACCAAAAGCAUCAACUUCACAGUCAAGUGACCCUGACUCUGACUCCAAAAAAUAUAGAAACAGAAGUAGGAGCAGGAGCAGAAGUAAAAGCAGAGAAAAAGAAAGAAAAUACAGGGAUGAUAAAAGUUCUAGAUCAAGACAUAGAUCAAGAUCAAGAUCUAGAAGUCCAGCCAGAGAAAGAAGAAGAGACAGAGACAAAGAUAAUAGGAGAAGGAGAUCAACAAGUCGUGAUAGACAUGAAAGAUAUUCUGAUAGAGACAGACACAGGGAUAGAGACAGAGAUAGAGAUAGGGAUAGAGGACGAAGCAGUCGUCAUGGAACAUCUUAUGUGGAGCAGGCUCCACCAGCAACUCCUGUUGCCAAUCAGAUAUAUGGUGGUAAAGUGACAAGUCUGAUGCCAUUUGGAUGCUUUGUUCAACUGGAAGGCCUGCGCGGCAGGCAUGAGGGUCUUGUUCAUGUUUCUGAGCUUCGCCGUGAAGGGAGAGUUGCCAAUGUCUCUGACGUUGUUCACAGAGGUCUCCAUGUUAAAGUCAAAGUGAAGUCAAUGGCUGGGAAUAAAAUCAGUCUCAGUAUGAAGGAUGUUGAUCAGGACACAGGUGAAGAUCUGAAUCCCACAAAAACCAAGACUGGUGGCAGAGAGACAUCUAAUAUGUUCAGUAAUCCAGACAGACCUGUUGGGAUUCCUGUGGUUCCCACAUACGAUGAAGAAGAUGCUAAGCUAAAGCGUAAAGUACAGCGAAUAUCGUCUCCAGAGAAAUGGGAGAUAAAGCAACUCAUCUCAGCUGGUGUUCUGGACAAAGCUGAUUAUCCUGACUUUGAUGAGGAAACUGGUGUUUUACCAAAAGAAGAUGAAGGAUCAGAUGAGGAUGUCGAGAUUGAAUUAGUUGAUGAAGAACCAUCUUUCUUACGUGGACAGACAAAGCUGAGUGUGAGCAUGAGCCCUGUCAAGAUCGUUAAGAAUCCCGAUGGAUCUCUACAGCGUGCUGCAAUGACCCAAACUGCAUUGGCCAAAGAAAGACGAGAAUUGAAGCAGGCUCAGAGAGAAGCUCAAGCAGACAGCGUACCCAAAGACCUSGGGAAACUCUGGGUAGACCCAAUGCCUGAAAAYAGCAAUGAUCGGCCGUAUUUCGCACAAGACAUGAAGGGAAUUAACUUAGCAGCCAAUCAAGACCUUCCUGAGUGGAAGAAAGCAAGCUUUGGUGGCAACAAGGCUUCAUUUGGUAAACGAUCGACUUUAACUAUUCUUGAACAAAGACAGGGACUUCCCAUCUACAAACUUAGAGACGAACUAAUUAAGGCUAUUCAUUCAAAUCAGGUCCUUGUUGUUAUUGGUGAGACUGGUAGUGGAAAAACAACACAAAUCACUCAAUACAUAGCGGAGCACGGGUUUUUAGCGUCCGGUAAAYUAGCAUGUACACAGCCAAGAAGAGUUGCUGCCAUGUCUGUAGCAAAGCGAGUAUCUGAAGAGUAUGGCUGUCGUUUAGGACAAGARGUCGGCUAUACCAUCCGUUUCGAAGAUUGCACAAGUCCUGAGACUAAAAUUAAGUACAUGACAGACGGUAUGCUACUUAGAGAGUGUCUUAUUGAUUCAGAACUGAAGCAGUAUUCAGUAGUCAUGCUUGACGAAGCCCACGAGAGAACUAUCUACACUGACGUUCUGUUUGGUUUACUGAAGAAAGCAGUGAAAAAGCGACCUGAUAUGAAGUUAAUUGUUACGUCUGCAACGUUAGAUGCUGUCAAGUUUUCUACGUAUUUCUUUGAGGCGCCCAUUUUUACUAUUCCUGGACGAACGUUUCCUGUAGAGAUCUUGUACACYAAGGAAGCAGAGAGUGACUAUCUUGACGCAGCUCUUAUCACUGUGAUGCAGAUCCACUUGACUGAACCACCUGGUGACAUCCUUGUCUUCCUUACAGGUCAAGAAGAGAUUGAUACAGCUUGUGAAAUUCUUUACGAACGAUGCAAGUCUCUUGGUCCUGAUGUCCCUGAGUUGAUUAUUCUUCCUGUGUACAGUGCUUUACCAAGUGAGAUGCAAACACGAAUCUUUGACCCUGCUCCACCAGGAAGUAGAAAGUGUGUUAUUGCUACUAACAUCGCCGAAACAUCUCUAACCAUCGAUGGUAUCUACUAUGUGGUCGAUCCAGGGUUUGUCAAACAAAAAGUCUAUAACUCUAAGUCUGGUAUUGAUGCUCUCGUAGUUACACCUAUCUCACAGGCGCAAGGUAAGCAAAGAUCUGGUCGUGCUGGUAGAACUGGGCCAGGUAAAUGCUAUCGUUUAUACACUGAACGAGCUUAUCGAGACGAGAUGCUACCAACAGCCGUACCUGAGAUCCAGCGUACAAACCUKGCCAGUACAAUCCUACAGCUGAAAGCUAUGGGUAUCAAUGAUUUGUUGGCUUUUGAUUUUAUGGAUUCGCCGCCAUUGGAGACCAUGGUAGCAGCGAUGGAACAAUUGCAUUCGCUAAGUGCAUUAGACGAUGAAGGUCUUUUAACUCGAUUGGGUCGUCGAAUGGCCGAGUUUCCUCUUGAGCCACAGUUAUCUAAGAUGUUAAUUCAGUCAGUUCACUUGGGAUGUAGUGAUGAAGCCYUAACUAUAGUGUCUAUGCUAUCUGUACAGAAUGUCUUUUAUCGACCAAAGGAUAAACAAGCCAUGGCCGACCAAAAGAAAGCCAAGUUCCACCAGGCUGAGGGAGAUCACCUAACGCUGUUAGCCGUGUACAAUUCCUGGAAAAAUAAUAAAUUCUCAAAUGCAUGGUGUUUUGAGAAUUUUGUCCAGGCUAGAUCGCUAAGACGAGCACAAGAUAUUCGAAAACAGCUGCUAGGGCUUAUGGACAGACAUAAACUAGAUGUCGUGUCGUGUGGUAAAAACACUGCUCGAAUACAGAAAACCAUCACCAGUGGAUUCUUCAGGAACGCUGCAAGAAAGGAUCCCCAGGAGGGGUACCGUACGGUGGUUGAUAACACAGUGGUAUAUAUCCACCCAUCGAGUGCACUGUUUAACAGACAGCCAGAAUGGGUUGUCUAUCAUGAGUUAGUUCUUACCACUAAAGAAUAUAUGAGAGAGGUAACGACUAUUGAUCCCAAGUGGCUGUGCGAGUUCGCGCCGUCAUUUUUCAAAGUGGGUGAUCCAACUAAACUAAGCAAACGAAAGCGACACGAACGAUUAGAACCGCUCUACAACAGGUAUGAAGAACCAAAUGCCUGGCGAAUAUCACGUGCAUUCCGAAGACGAUAACAACGAGGAGAGAAGCUUUGUAAGCAAUCUGAACUCUGAAACCAAAGAUUAACGCUUCUAAACGAUGAUAACCUCGAAUACUGUUGUGGUUUUCAUGAUCAGUACUYCCCGGUCAACUAGAAAUAAUGAUAGCUUCUGCUAUGGAAAUGAACAUCGAAGAUUCAACUGUAACAUCUAAAAACUGCYCUAUUGUAAAAUAAUGUCUUUUUAAGUUAUUUCAAAGAUUUGAUUCUUGAUCAAUUAAAGGAGCCAUACGAUAAGAUGUCAAUGGGUAAUUCCAAGCUUUCA